AGUCUAUGACCAAUCGGCAUUCCGACUUCGAAGGUAGUAGUGUACACACGUCGUCACUUAGGCGAAAAUUUCUAGGCGAGUACUGGAUCUAACCAACCAGCAGCGCCUACGUUAGUUCGUUUGAGAUCUCCAUAAACAUAGAAAAUAAAACAGUAAUCAUGCAGUCUAUGAUUAUCUUCGCGGCUACCCUCUGCCUAGCCAAGGCCUCCUUCUACGCGCACGCGCCCGCGCCCAUCCAGCUCAGUCCCGACGGCAAAUACGUCCUAGACACCCCUGAGGUGGCCCACGCGAAGGCUGCGCACUUAGCGGCGCACGCGCAGGCCGCCACCGCGCCCCACGGCGCGUGGGCCCCCGCCGGCCCUGCUUACGGCGCUGGAUAUGACGGACACUACGGCGCCCCUGCUGCUGGUCUCAUCAAAUACGGCCCGGCUCCUCUCGCCCACGACGGCCGCGUGGUCGACACGCCUGAGGUCGCGCACCUGAAGGCCGCCCACAUCGCCGCCCACGCCGCCGCCCACGCCGCCGCGCCGCACGGCCACGGCGCCCUAGCGCCCCUCGCCUACGCCGCGCCCCUCGCCCACGGCGCCGGUUACGCUGCUGGUUACGGCGCCGGUUACGGCAAAUGGUCUGGCCCUCAGGCCCACAUCCAGCUGACCCACGACGGCCAAUACGUAGUAGACACCCCUGAAGUCCAGCACGCGCGCGCCGCUCACCUCCACCAAUACGCCGCCGCCGCGCACGCCGCUGCUGCCGCGCCUGAGGAGCCCUGGGGCGCCCACGGAGCCCACGGUUGGCACUGAACCCUACCUCGACCGCACGCCCGACUGCCUUUUAUACAAAAUGUACAUAAAACCCAAAAAAAUACUGUAAAGAAUGACUGUGUUUAUGCAACUGCAACUCUGUAGAGCGAACUUGAAAAUAUAAAAUAAAAAUCUAA